GGCUAUUUUGCUACGGCUUGUUCGUGGUGUUCAUAUGGAAUCGCAAACAUCGCAAUCGGUUAACCAGGUAUCGCUCAAAGUUGGUGGGAAAAGUAUCUCUGUGGUAGAUACGCCUGGUAAUUUUAGGUUGUUACCUGAUUCAAUGAAGUACAUUGAAUCUGCCAAGUCAUUGAUUUUCGUUGUUGACUCUUCUGACAAGCAGAGUUUCAAGAUGGCUGCUCAGCUUUUGGUUGACAUUGCACUUAACCCUAGGGUUAUAGCUUCGCGACCCAGGAUGCUAUUUUUGGCUAACAAGAGUGACAUGCUUGGUUCUCGUGACGUAGAAUCUGUGUUACACUUUGUUCAGCUGGAUGCCGAGCGUAUAUUAAAGGCUUACAAAAGUGAAUCACACAUGAAACAGAUACCGUCUGAAUCCAUGCCUAUUCUUCAUAUGCUUACUCAAGCUGAUUUUACUAUUGACAAGACGCCUUUACAUGUAACACUGGGUUCGUGUUCCGCACUGCAGGGUUCCCUCGACGAUCUUUUGAAUUUUAUCGGCUAGACUGCUAAACAACUGUA